AUGAAAAGCAGUGUUGUUAUAUACUUUCUUGCUUUUACCCUAGUUGAUUCCAAGCUAUUUGACUAUGGCUUAAAUGAUAUAAACCAUUCAACACUAAAUAAAGAAUCAGAAUAUUCAAUUUCAGAUAUAAUCAAUCGACAUAGAAGCUUAACAGAUGUUGCUAGAGAAGACAUCAAAACUUUCCAAAACCCCAAAUAUGAUACAUCUUGUAUAAAGAAAUCAUUAGAACCAAUUUUAUCUAAAUGUUUGAAGAAUAGUAUUGAUAGUAUAGAUUCAAAUUUAAGAGUGGAAACUGCAGCUAAAUUAUCAAUAUGUGAAUUCGAAGCUGCUAAAAUCACAUAUCCAGUUGAAUGUUAUCCAAAGACAUAUUAUUUUGGAAAUGAUGAAGAUUCAAUAGAUUAUCAAGAAUGUAUACUAGGAUUGGAAAAGAGUCCUCAAUGGUGGACGACUUAUAGUGGGAAUUAUAGGGCUAUUGGUGAUAUUUGUUUCCAAGAAUCUCUUCCAUAUGAAAAAGAUGAAAUUCUAAACUUAUUUUUGAACGUUACAGAAGUUUAUGAACAAAUUUUACAAGAUUUAAAUGCAAAUGUUGAAAUGUCAUCAAAAUUUAAAGAAACUUCAUUAAAUUCAUUUGAAGAAUUACAAAAAUUUAUGAAUCAAGUAUUGGAAAAAUUAGAGAAAGAUACUAAUGAAUCCAAACAUGAAUUUGAAAUGAAGUUGAAAGAUAUGAAUUCGGUUUUAGAAGACACAUCCAAACUAGCUAAAGUGUUUUCAAAUGAUACUACAGGUAUGACUGAUAUUGUUUUAAAUCAAAUGAGUGAUUUAAGUUCAAAAUGGGAUGGUUUUUUCACACAAUAUAACAGUGACGAUUUUUUAAAUGAAUUAUUAGGGAUGAAACAAAUAUUUGUACAAGAACUGGAAACAAGAGAUUUACAAAUAAACAAUUUAAUGAAUUCAUAUAGUGACAAAUUGGAAUCAUUAUAUCAAAGCUCAUAUGAAAAUAAUGAAUUAUCAGAAAAGAUUGGAGAAGGUUUACGAAAAUCAUUGAAAGAUACCAAUGAAUUGAAAGAUGUUUUAAAACAAACUGAAAAUUCUGUUACAAUUAGCUCAGAAUUUGCACAAAAUUUACUUGAAUCAUUUAAAGAUUUAGACCAAAUGAAUAUUGGUGAAAUUUUGAACGUUUCAGAACAAGAAUUAUUGCUAGUUUUCCAAAGAAUAACAGAUGAAUUGAACCAAGAGAUGAACAAAAUUCAAACUCAAACGAGGAAGUUAGAUAAUGAAUUAGAUAUAUUGGUUGGAAAGAUCGAUAUUGCAACUGGUUCAUUAGUUAAGAUUAAUGAUAUUUUGACUAAUAAUGUAAUCAUGAAGUCAUUUAUAUUCCUAGCUUCCACUUCAAAGGUAUUAUCAAGAAGAGUUUCACUAACGUUAUUAGGUGGAUUGACGUAUUAUUUUUUUUUGAGAUACUGGAUGAGACUUGUUACUAGAAAGCCUGGGUUUUUGGUCAUAUUACUUUGCUCGACGUUAUGUGGUCUGUUUGUUGGAGAUUCUAUAAUCAAUGUUAUCCAAAGGUUUAAUAGAAUAGAGAUAAACUCAAGUCCUAUAGUAUACCACGAUGUUAAUUAG